AUGGAGAUUACAAAUGUGACGGAGUAUGAGGCCAUUGCAAAGCAAAAGUUGCCCAAGAUGGUGUUUGACUAUUAUGCAUCAGGUGCAGAGGACCAGUGGACUCUGUAUCAGAACAGACAUGCUUUUUCACAGAUUCUGUUUCGGCCCCGCAUUCUUAUUGAUGUAAGCAAGAUAGACAUGGCCACCACUGUCCUGGGUUUCAAGAUUUCAAUGCCUAUUAUGAUCGCCCCAACUGCCAUGCAGAAAAUGGCUCACCCUGAAGGAGAGUAUGCAACGGCAAGAGCCGCAUCAGCUGCUGGAACAAUUAUGACCUUAUCUUCAUGGGCUACUUCAAGUGUGGAAGAGGUUGCUUCAACAGGACCUGGAAUCCGCUUUUUUCAGCUCUAUGUAUAUAAGGACAGACAUGUAGUUGCUCAGCUUGUGAGAAGAGCUGAAAGGGCAGGCUUCAAGGCUAUUGCCCUUACUGUUGAUACCCCUAGGCUGGGGCGCAGAGAAGCUGACAUCAAGAACAGAUUCACUUUACCCCCAUUCCUGACUCUAAAGAACUUUGAGGGCUUGGACCUUGGGAAGAUGGAUAAAGCUGAUGACUCUGGACUUGCUUCAUAUGUUGCUGGUCAAAUUGAUCGAACCCUGAGCUGGAAGGAUGUGAAGUGGCUUCAGACAAUCACCAACUUGCCAAUUCUUGUAAAGGGUGUGCUCACAGCUGAGGAUACCAGGUUAGCUAUACAAGCUGGUGCAGCAGGGAUUAUUGUAUCCAAUCAUGGAGCUCGCCAACUUGAUUAUGUCCCUGCCACUAUCAUGGCUCUGGAAGAGGUUGUCAAAGCUGCACAAGGUCGUGUGCCUGUGUUUUUGGAUGGUGGUGUCCGGCGUGGAACAGAUGUCUUUAAAGCCUUGGCACUGGGAGCCUCUGGAAUAUUUAUUGGGCGGCCUGUGGUGUUUUCAUUGGCCGCAGAAGGAGAGGCUGGUGUUAGAAAAGUACUCCAGAUGUUGCGUGAGGAGUUUGAGCUGACCAUGGCUUUAAGCGGAUGCCGUUCUCUCAAAGAAAUCACUCGUGAUCACAUUGUCACCGAAUGGGAAGUUCCUCGCCCUGGCUCUCGCCCCCUACCCCGGUUAUAGGAACUGCAUACCAAAUGGCUAGUAAGUUUUAAAUGUUGAGUAACCUACCUUUUCUUUUGGAGAACUCAUUUCCUCUUCAAUGAGUCAGAAAAUAUAUUGCAAAAUUUUAAGCUCUGUAAUCAUCAUGGAUUGUUAUACUUUAAUCCAUAUAUGCCUACUACUGCCUUCACUGUAUAUUCUGUCCUCUAACUUUAAAUAGGGGUAGUGGCUUCAUGCGAACAUACAAUGACACUUCUACUUCCACUUCCCUAUGUGUAAUUGGGAUACGUUAACACAUCCACUAAGUGUCAUCUUCUCUCAA